AGGAGGCUCGACUCUUCCGGCUCCAUAACUCGAGGUAUCUCAUGCUCUGCUCGAUUGCAGCGCACUGGGGCUUCGACCCCGACACGCUCCUCGUGGGUCGCUUUGCCCUCUCCAUGGACAAAAGCGGCAACUCCGUCUCAGACGUGGACGAGAUCCGGGCAUACUCAGCGGGCGCGGGCGAUGGUCUCACAGAUCAGACUCCAUUUGUCAUCACCGGGAAGCCAGCACAUACGAUCUGGACCAGUUCCUCUUCGAGGAAACCGACACUAGAGGAGACGUUCGUGGCUGCGGCAAUUACAGAUGAGGAUUUCAAGAAGCUAUCCUACACAGAAUCCAGGAGUGUGCGUCCAUACAGAUCGCGCUUGGUGUAUCAGCGGUUCAAGGCGAUGAGGCAGGAACUCAUCAUCGACGAGUCUGGAGUUCAUCACUACAUACGUGCGAAGGACGAUUUAGGCAGUGCAGUUGCCCCGUUUGUGGGAGCUCUUCACAUCGUCCCGAAUGGAUCAAGGUUCGAUGGCAGUGCACGUCGCCCAGUUGGAAUGGUAUCACUGGUUCGCUGCGACGGUUACUGCUUGACUGCGGCUCAAUGUCUGGAAGGUUUCGAUGGUGAUGACAACACUAUCUUCGUCAGCUUCCCACGGAUGAGCGGCAGCGGGGAUAAUUCUUGCUUUUACGAGUGUAAGAUUGCCAAGGCCGAAGAGUUUGUGGUGCACUUGGAGGCUAAAGAGCAACAAAGCUUCAAGACUUGCAUGGCUACCCGAUUUGGACCUGCCUCUGGCUCAGUUUUCAUGUUCAGCGGCCCCAACAGCACGCAACUCGUGGAGUGUCCGAUGGUUGAUUCGUUCGUAUGUCCAUUCGAGGGCAUUGUAUUGCCGAGCGCGAAGAUCGACCACAAGCUUUCGCUGGGAGGUCCUGUUGUCAACUGUGUCGGCGAGAUGAUAGGGGUGAUUAUUGCACACAGCCUACUGAAGAAGAGCAGCGACUCGAGAGGAAAAGCGUGCGUUACCCGGUUUGGAACCAAGAUGAAAGUGCAAAGUGUUUCGGACUUGCAGGAGUUUCUAGAUGAUGCACUGAAAUGGAAGAACGUCAACAACAAGCUGGGCAGCACUCGAGGCGAUGCAAAAUAUGAGAUGUGGAAAAAUUGCUUGGAACUCAGGAGGUUGGUCCAGUGCACGGGAGCUGACUUCAUUUCUCCCGCUCAGGAGUGGUAUUCGCAGCAUCCACUGUCAGAAUUUAUCAACAGCGCUGUGACGGAGUUUAAUGCUCCACCGCUUAAGCGUCCGAAAGUUAAAUACGUCCCCAUGUCCGAGGAGAAAAUCCAGAAGUUUUACAAAGAGCAGGAAGCUGUCAGAGAGGUUUUUUUCUAGAUAUGUGAAUAGUCCUCAACCGAUGAAGAUGCUCUAACUUGCUGUC